AUGUGCAAUUCAAAACAAAAUUGGAAAGUAGCGCCAAUUGAAAGUCACAUGCUGAGCGCGCAUUAAAAACAGUGGACAUGGCGACGCUACUGUGGUGUGUUUAAACAUGUUGCCUCCAAGUCAGAAUAUUUUCUGCCCUUUUUGUGUCACAUACUAAGUGUAUAAUGUCGGAAAUAAAACGUGUGGCUUUAACUUCAAUUGAUGUGCAUAAAAAUAAAAAAGAAAAAAAAUCAGUGAACAGAAGUUUUCGUUUUAAUUUAACCCUAACUGAAUCAAAUGAGAAGUCAUGUCCUAUCUUCAACUACAGAGAGCUACUCGAAUCAGCAGCUGAAAAGAGCAAACCUGUAACAAAUGGUUUGGAUCCAUUCGGAGAUGAUAAUGAUGAAGCUGAAGUUGCCAGAAUUGCCAGACAAUUUGAAGCUAAAUAUAGCUGCCCCACACCUUCGCGAAAGAAAAAGAAAAAAUAUAAAGGCGAUUGGGCGGAUAUGGGUGCUGGGUAUGAUGAAACUGAUUCAUUCAUUGACAACACGGACGCUUACGACGAGAUAGUACCUGAAGAUAUUAUUCCUGAACAUGGUGGUUUCUACAUAAAUUCAGGAUCUUUAGAGUAUAAGCAACAAGAUAUAUCAGAAAUGGAAGAUAUUAGUUCGUCGAGAUCAACUGUUCAAAAAAAUCGUAAACGUUUAAUUACCUCCGAAGACUCAGAUGAUGAGAAUGAAAAAUCAGUAAAAGCCGAAAAGAGACCACGUGUAGAUUCCGACGGUGAAAAAUCAACGAUUAAAAAAUUAGAUACUAAUAAUGUGAAUAUAAUACCUGUAAAAAAGAAACCUUCAUCAAUAACGGACAGUAAUGGUGUUAAAAAGAAACCGGCAGCUACAACCGUUAAAGAAUUACUCAAAGAGAAACGAGAUGACUUAGAUGUAAUUAGUUCUAAUGGUGGCGAUAAUAAACAAUUACCAAAAGAAAUUGUAAAUAUAAAUUCCGAAAAUAAAAAGACUGUUUUAAAAAGUACUUCCAUAAAUGAUGCAAUCGAAUCAGUGAUAAGUGCAGCUGCAGGCGGUGGUGCACGAACCACAAUCGAAAAUAAUAACAUACAAAAUCAUGAUGAAUCGAGUAAAGAUAGUACGUCAUCAGAAUCGUCGUCAAGUGAUUCGAGUGAUGCAACAGAAUGCUCUGAUUCGAGUGACGAUGAAGUGACAUUUAAAAAUAAUGAUAAUUUAGUUAAUAAUGUAACAGAAAUCAUUAAGUUACCAGAUAAUCUUUCAGAUGAAACUGUUAAAUUAAUCGAAACCAUGAAAAUGGCAUCGCAAAAUGCUGAAGGAAAAGUUAAAUUCUUCUCUGAAUCCGUUAAUAAAAUGUUAUUAAGACUUCAUCUUCUAUGUGCUCCAUUAAAAAGUAGUGUGAGAAAUCAAGUUUAUGCCCAUUUAGCGGCUUUUGUAAAAUGUAAAAAAGACACAUUAAUUAGACGUACUAAAAAAUUAGUUGCAGAACAAGUAAAAACUUCAGUAGACGAUUCGCUUGCCAGGUUAAAAGAAUGUAUUGAUCGUACAAUGCCAUCAAUUAUAGAAAAUUACACAAAAGAAUGUCAAAGAAUAAAUGAGAAAAACACGCUUUACCACCUUGAGAUGUACAGAUGCUUCCGAUUAUCGCAAGAUCCUAGAGCUGAUUCACCAAAUGGAGAUAAACCUAAAACGUUACGAUUGCCAAAAAGAAAAUUUCCAUGGACUGAUCAAACAAGAAAAAUUCUCGGAGAAAUAGUAUCUAAAAAAAGGGAAUGUUUUAAUUUUGAAAAAACUCGAAAAAAAAGAUUUGAUCAAUAUUUAGAAAAUUAUUAUAGAGAUAAAAUGGUACCACUAUGGCCGGAUGGUUGGAUGAGUGCAGCACAUUUAAUACGAGAAAGUAUCCAGUUCUUCACAAAAGAGGAACGUGGACCUAAAUUGGACAAAAAAGAAAACAAAGAAUCGAAAAUUGUAAAUUCAGGAAAUAAUUGUUUGAAUUCGAAGAAUACAGAGAGCAAAUCACAAAAGGUACUACCAAAAGUUCAUUCAGAAUCAACAACAAACGUUCCUAAUAAACUGCCUGUGCCUGUAAUUGGCCCACCAUCAUUAUCCAUAAAAGCCGUAUCACAAAAUGACCCAGUGAAGAAUUGCAUUAAAAGUAUACCAACGAAUAGUGGAAUUACGAUCGAACCUAUUAUUAAUAAAGCAAAUGAAAAACGAAAAACUGCCAGUCCAAUGCCAACUGAUUUAACUGUAAAUAAUUCAAAUCUAUCAGCGGCAACAUUAGAUUCAAUAACAGCCUUAAAACAGCAAGGAAUUACCGUUGAAAAUUCUAAAAAAAGUAAUUCUAGAAAUAACUCACCAAUACCUCCAAAUCCAUUAGACUUAAAUACAAAAGGCAGUAGUAAACCAAAAACAGAUGCUGGUAUCACUGUUCGGAAAUUAUCGGAACUUGUACCAAAUAAUGAUUCAACGAAUAAUAAUAAUAAUUCAACUAAAAAACAUUCAAAAGAUUUAUCGUCUGAUAGUGAUAUAGAAAUUAUAGAAAUUCAAGACGAUGAUUCAAGUAUCACAAAAAAAAAUUCAGAUUUAAAUCCACCUCAUGUACCACCAAAAAGUAGCAAAACAAGUGAAAGUACGGAAAAAGUACGACAUCAUAAAUCGAAGAAAAAAUCGAAAAUGGACACCAUAGAUAAAACUAAGGCUCAAAUAAUAUCACAAUUAAUGAAAGAAAAAACUUUACAAAUAAAAGAAGCCUCAUCGUUAUCAUCGUCUAAACCAUCUUCGAAGUCAACAACAACCGGUUCAGAUAUAAUAACAAAAUUAUUAACGGACUCGCUAGCAGUGUCAGUGUCUCGUAAACCUCAUGAAGAUAGCAAAAGUGUCUCUAAUAAUGAUCCAGUAUCGAAUUUAGACGAUGUAAUGCGGGUUAUGAAAGAUUUACAAGAGCUACACGAACUGACUGGCCGAUCGUCAGAUAAAUCUAGAGAUAGUAACGAUGUCUUACGAAAUAAUUCACCGGUAUCUGUGAUUGCUGUUAAUUCAACUGGAAAUAAUCGACAAACACCAUCUGCAGCGACGGCUGCUGCAGUUGCAGCUGUUAAAAAUAACUCAGUAAGUUCGACAUGUAAAUCUGGUGGUGGCGAAAACCUCGGCUUUCAAGAUGUCUUUCAAAAACAUUUAUUUCAAGAUUCAAUAGACUGUAAUAUCACUGCGAGUAAUAAUUUUAGUACAUCACAAGGAAAAAUUAAAAUUCACUCAAAUAGUAUUGACAUUUAUCCAUAUAUUGGAAGUACCAAUUCCACAACAAUACUGCCCAUAUCUACCUCGCAAAAGUAUCCACAGAAUCUAACGAUAAGUGCAACUUCGAGCAUGUCUUCAAUGCAAUCACAAACAGCUCAACAUACAGGUGCUGCAUUAAAAAAAGAUGUUAUGUUAUUUCCAAAUUUUCUCUAUGAAUGCAAUUUUAAUAAAAAAACAGGUCCCGCACAAAAAUCACCACCUUAUUAAGAAUCCGAUGAAGAGAUACAUCUGCCAAGAUAUUGUAAAUAUGUUUAAUCAAAAUCUUUCGUCGUUAUGAUUAUUUACUGUUAAUUUCUUUUUACGAAAUGAGAUUAAAUAUUACAAAGAAGUUCAUGUCAAUUAGGAGGACCUUUUUUUAUUUUUAUUAAUUUAAUUUCAAUAUUAUUUUAGAAAAUCUUAAUUGUUAAUACAAUUGAAUUUAAUUGAGAACAAAGAUUGUAUCAUUUUCGAAAAGUGGUCUAAUCCAAUAGUGAUGCAUGUCAAAUGUACUUAUAUCUUGUUAACUCAGGGUAUUUUAACUGAAGAUGCAAUUAAUUAAAAUUGCCUUAGGCAAUUUUAACUGAAGAUACACUACACUCAAAUUGACUAAAACCACAUUUUCAAAAGGAUAGUUCAGAGUUUAAUUUGGAUGAUUGACAUUUCUGCCAAAUACUGCCAAUAUUUCUGACGAAAGUUUUUGUUAAAUAUGUAAAUUUAAAAAUAAUUUUAAUACCGGAAAAAUUAUUGUCAACUUAAUAAUUUUUCCAAGCAUGAAAGGAUUCCAAGUGCGAAUUAAUGUAAUUAAAAUUAUUGGGACGUAUUUUUAUUUGAAUAGCAAAUAUGCAUUUAGUAGAUUUAUGUCAAAUUUUGAGAACAACACCAAUAAAUUUUGU